AUGCCUAGUCCAAUCGACAUUACCGAAGAGUCACUCACAGGCCUGGCGGAUAAGGUCGUUGUUAUCUCCGGUGGAUCAGCAGGGAUCGGUUUUUCGACAGCUAAGCUUCUUCUAAACAAGGGGGCCAAGGUGGUCAUCGGCGAUAUCAACGAACCACCAAAGGAUAUCCUAGAUGACAGCAGUGUCAUAUAUCAGAAGACUGAUGUUACUUCGUGGAAGGACCUGUGUGCCCUGUUCAGGCAGGCCAAAAACAAGCAUGGACGAAUCGAUCAUGUUUUUUGCAACGCUGGUACUGCAGGGUCGGCAGACUAUCUGGAUGAAAGCGUUGAUAGAAACGGAGACCCGGUCGAGCCCAGUCGCAGAACCAUAGAGGUUGACCUGAUGGGCAUGGUCAACAUGGCGAAACUGGGCAUCUUCUAUAUGAAGAAGCAGCCAGAGGGUGGCAGUAUAGUUCUAAACUCUUCGGGAGCAUCGACUGCAAAACAUGGGAUACACGGUCUGCUUCGAGGAUUGGUUUCAAUCCUUCAUUCCAAAUUCCCUAUUCGAGUGAACGGCCUGGCUCCCGCGUGGACCGACACGGCAAUCGUAGAGAAAGCUAUCGUUAGGGAGACCAAGGGUGAACUCCAAAGCCCGGAGUUCGUAGCUCGUACUGCAGUUCUGCUGAUGGCGGACAGGUCGAGAAACGGCCAGCUGCUUCUCUCCUCUCGGGGUAGGUGCGUGGAGGUUGAACAGGCAAUGCUAGAAGCAAACACAUCCAUUAUCAAGGAGCUUUUGGCGCAAUAA